ACAACUAAGCAAAAUCACUUCAUAAAUAAUAGUAUAGAUUUUCUUUCCUUUUAGAAAACUUCAUUUGUAAUUAGCAGUGUGUACAUGGGUUAUUUUCAGGCAUUUUGGGACUCAUUGGCUCUUGAUACACUCAAGCAAGCCUCAGAUCCCGCUGCCAGUGCUGAUCUAGCUGUAGUUCUAAUGCAAGAAGGACUUGGACAAAUCUUCCUUGUUGGCAGAAGCGUGACAAGUAGCCGUGCACGAAUAGAAACAUCAAUUCCUAGGAAGCAUGGGCCUGCCAUUGCUGGUUACGAGUCUGCAUUGAAGAAAUUCUUUGAGAAUGUUCUGCAGGCCUUUGUGAAACAUGUUGACUUCAGUGUCGUUCGCUGUGCAGUGAUCGCAAGUCCCGGCUUUACAAAAGACCAGUUUCAUCGUCACUUAUUAUUGGAAGCAGAGAGAAGACAGUUGAGAGCUAUAAUUGAGAACAAAUCGCGUAUAAUUCUGGUGCACACAAACUCUGGAUAUAGGAAAAGGAUGACACGUGGGACUGAGUGAAGUUAGUUACGAGAGGAGCACGUGUCAGUCAUUGAAGUGUCAGUUGCAGAGUUUGUUACGAAACAAAGCAAGGAAGAAAUAUAAAAGAGAGAAGACGUUGUUUAGUUGAUUCAUUCUGAAAAGUGUUUGUGAUUUCUAUCUUGUAAUUCUCGGUGUGAGUGAAUACUUCUUAUCAUAGCUUUUGAGUGUUUCUUCAUAAGUAUCUCUUGGCUUGAUGAGAUCGAUCCUUUGUACUUUACAUUGAAUCGAAAUAAGAAUCUACAGUGUUCAUUA